AUGUCCAACUGGGGGGGCUUCUUCGGGGACUACGGGAGUUGGUUCACCUCCCCUAGCAGUCACAUCUCGACAGGGAACGUAGGAACUCCUCCCAAUGUGGAUACGAACAUGCCAACCAACCUCGCUGCAGCGGCAGCCACAGCGAAUAAUUCCAGUACUUCAUCCUUCUUCGAGGAUAACCUAGACCCCAGGGUUAGGGAGGGAGGAAAGAAUAGCACCAGCAGCGGAGGGAACCCUCAUGACAAAGGUCGCCAUAAUAAGUACAAAUUCAAGAACAGCAAAAAGGACAGGUUAGGAGAAAGAGGCAGAGGUGGAAGCAUGGAUAGUGGAUAUAGGCACCGCAGCAGUAGCAGUGGUAGUAGAGAACCCGGAAGUGACAGAAGCAGCAAAGGGGAAAGAAGAAGUUACAAGGAGAGGAAGGGUGUAAGGAAGGAGGAAAGGGGUAGGGGCAGCACUUGUAGCGAAGCUGGGUCAAGUGGUCAUCCGGGUGGGACUGCACAGAGUAGUGCCUCCCCCAGUGGAAGUGGUGAAAGCAUUAGUGGAUUUUUUAGUAACCUCGGUUUGGGUAACUUCUUUUCCAACCUGGAAAGCCCAACAUUUUGCAACGAAUAUAAAACGGGGUACUGCCUGGACGAGGAAGCAAAGAGCGUCCUCGGGGAAGGGGGAGAUUCUUCGAAUAAAUCCUCCUCCAAAAGGGGAAGCAAAAUAGGCGUAGGUCUAGAUGGAAACACAGGGGUGUUUAACAGUGAUUCCCCGGAAGGCACACCCAUAUGUGUAGAUACAACCUACUACGAUAUUCUAAAUGUGAAGCCUACUGCUACGUUCAGUGAAAUAAAAACCAGCUAUUAUAAGUUAGCGCUGAAGUGUCACCCAGAUAAAAAAGCUGAUGAUCCAGAAGCGAAGGAGAAGUUUCAAAAAAUCAAUGAAGCAUACCAGGUGUUAAGUGACGCAGAAAGGAGAGCAGACUACAACAAAUAUGGACUGAAUGCAACGAAGGACAUGGUGGUUAUAGAUCCAUCUCUGUUAUUUAUGAUGCUAUACAGCUCAGAUGAAUUGUCUGACUACGUUGGUACCUUACGUGUGGCGUUUUUCAUAAAAUUGGCGUUCGAGUGUAAUAGUACCAUUGAAGACAUGCAUACACAGGGGGGGAAGAUGUUCUCUGAAAUGGAGGUGGAACAAUCCAAGAGGGAAGUGGAGUUGGCUCUACUUUUAAGAAAGAGAUUACAACCAUAUGUUGAUGGGGAUACAAUGUGGGCAGAAAGAAUGGAAAAAGAGAUCACCGAAUUGUUGGACAGUUCAUUUUCUAGCUCUAUUUUAGAAUCCAUUGGAUGGAACUAUCGUAAUAGCGCUUCGUCUUUCAUUGCAGAGGUGACUACUCUGUGGGGCAUGGGUGCUACCGUUCCUAACAUACAAGCACAGAAAAGAUCUGUUCAGAACAACUUUGGGCUAGCUACCUCCCUCAUUAGUACCUUCUUCACUAUGCAGAGGAUGGCUGCUUACAACGAAAUGAAUGAAAGCCUUGAAGGGGCAGAUUGGGGCGAGAACGCCAGGAUCAUCGAGGGGGAGAAAGACACCCACGGCGAAAGUAACUCCCAAAAGGAACAGCCAGAUUAUACUGGAAGUGGUAACUUGGGGGACAACGCCAGUGUAGGUUAUUCCAGUGGAGCCAACUCCGGUGGAGCCAACUCCCAUGAUAAAUCCACAGGGGGGAAGUUCACCCAUAAAGUUGCGGACAAGUUUAGUGACCUAUUUGGGGAGAAGCGAAAGGAAAGGAAGAAGCAGAAGAAGAAGGACAGGGAGGGGGCGACCUCUUCAGGUGCGGCGUUUGGUAGCAGUGGAACCGGUCUAGCAGAUUGGCUAACGCAGCCCAGGGGAAGCACCACGGAUGUCAUGCAAGACGGAAUUCCUCACCCGCAGCAGACACGUGAUUAUAACCCAGGAAAGCAAAAGGCAUGUUCGAAAAAAGGCAUGGAUCGAGAAGCCUACCGGGAGAAGAAGAACAAUGAAGCGUUUGGCACCAUUAUAAAAAAUGUGCUCAAGGUGGUCCUGUGGGAUAUUGAAUGCACCGUGAGGAAGGUGGCCGAAAAGGUCCUGCGAGACGAAGGGGUGCCCAUCCAAACAAGGUUGGAAAGAGCCAAGGCGUUAAAACUACUUGGGAAAAUUAUGCUCAGGUUGUCUAAGACGAAGAAGGAUAUGAGCGACUCAAAGGAGUUCGACGUGAGUCAACUAUUGGAAUCGGUCAUUCUGAAGGCCGCGGAAAAAGCGGCGGCGGAAGAGGAGGCUGCGUCGAGACGGGAAGGCGAGGAUUUCUUUAAGCGGGAGGACUACUAA